CUGCAAUUUACCAUCAAGAACAGUUUCCUGCCUGAUCAACCAGACUUACUAGUGAUCGGUACUCUCAUUUACACUGCAGCUUAGUUUGAUUUUAUUCCUAGAUAAAAUAAGAGUACUAUGCUUAUCUCAUUCCGCCAAUUAACAACACGGUGCGUUAUUACAAGAUAAGAUAAUAUAGCAUUGGAAACAUUCUUUCAUUGUCGUUACAAGUGGAAUUACUGUUUUUUUUUGUGUUGUGUACAUUACGCCAAUAUGGGUGGAUCGCAGUCGUAUCCUGGGCUUACACAGGAUAUUUUAGAAGAUUAUACAACGUUAACUUAUCUGCAUAAAGGAGAGAUACUAUAUCUAAUGAAAAAGGUAUAUUCUAUCGAUCCGGAAAAAAUUAAAGCCAACUAUCAUCACCGAUUCAGCAAAGAAGAAAUCCUGAAAAAGUUUGAUGUGCUAAGAAAUAACCCUUUUCAAGAUCGGCUGUUCAGAGUGUUUUCCUCCGAAAAGGACGAGUGCUUCUCAUUCGAGGACCUGCUAGACCUGUGUUCGGCUAUGAGCUCCGAAUGCCCCGUGGAAGUGAAAGCGGAAUGGGCAUUUAGGGUUUACGACUUAGACGAAGACGGACAAAUAUCUGCUCAGGAUAUCAGCGGAAUAAUCGACAGACUGACUGAGCAUACGAGUAACAAGAACCACUACAUUGAAAUCAGCUCUAAGAAGAAAAUUGCUGAUAUUAUACUAAAUGAGCUGAAAUUAGACCAUGCAGGAAGUAUGGGCCUGAGCGAGUUCAAAAUAUGCAUGACGAGGAUAUCGGAGUUUGAGACAUCUUUCUAUUUCAGGAUAUAAUCUAUGGCACGUGUUUAACUUUAUCUACUGAACUAAAACAACAACCUACA